AUGGCGGACGAACAUGAUCAAAUACUUUCCACUGAGGCGGAGGACGAACUCUUAACCGUUGAAACGGACCCUAAAGAAAAGACUCCAACUGAUGUCCACCCGGAUCCCAUGUUUAGUAUGAUGCAAAAUGUGAACAGAAACCUCGGAGCAAUGGCAGACUCGAUGAUCGCCGUGCAGCAGUCGCUGAAGCGUCUUCACUCCAGCCGCACAGACGAACAAAUCGACCCUAAACGGCGUAAACACUGUUCCAGAGACGAAAUGAGUGCCUCCGAUGGUUCAGAGCACGAUGGAGAAGACUCUGACGCAGACUUGCAGGCCCUUUGUGGCACUGAAGCCGACGGAAUUUCCAAGGAUAAACCACGUGCUCCACUUGAGCAAAACGAUGGCAGCAAUGACCCAUUGUUGUCAGAAAUCGCAGAGGAUUUUCUCAAAGCAGACGACUCAGGUCCGGCUAUUGAGAAACAACUGGCGGACUUUAUCAACAACCUGAGGUCUAAGAAAUUGCCAGACUCGAAACUUAAGGAUAAGUCGGCGAAGUAUUUACGCCCGGCGAACUGUGAGACUCUCACAACACCGCGGGUUAAUCCUGAAAUCUGGGAUAAACUGAGCCACUCAGUGAAACAGCAGGACCUCAGGUCCAGCUCAAUCCAGAAAACGAUUGCCACAGCUGGUGCUGCAAUGUGCAAAUCCAUUGGGAUGCUGCUAGAAAUGAAGAAUUCGAAGCAGCCGAAGUCAGACUCUGACAUUCAGAAACUUGUCAAAGUGAACACCGAUGCGGUCGCUCUCCUAGGGCACGCAUAUAUCGACCUGUCCCACCGUCGCAGGGAGUCGCUCAAACCGCAUCUGAACAAAGAUUAUGCUGGUCUGUGUGCUUCCCAUGUUCCUGUAACAGCUCAGCUGUUUGGAAACGACCUGCAAACCCAGCUGAAUAAUAUAAGAGCAUCCAACAGAGUAAGCUCCACAGCAGUUGGGAAUCGCCACAAAAACUCGAAGGGACACCCUUCCCGA